CGCUGUUCUUUGGCAGCCAGUUAGAAUUUUGACUAACAACCCAAGACCCAAACGAAAUCCCAGCAGAUCCCAAAAAUGUCAGCUUUGAGCAGCGAUCAACGUUUUGUGGUGCUGAUGCUUAUCGGACUGGCGAGCGGUGCCUGGCUAGGUGCUGGCACCACAGCACAGACCUUUACGUCGGAGGAUCGCGGCGCCAUACUGAAAUUUAUGGAUGUGCUGAUCAAUUUCCUCGAUGCCGAGUCGGAUAAUGACACCAGCACUGAGAGCCCGAACAAUGCCACCACAAUUGGCGCAGUGGAGAGCACCACUUUGGCCACCAAUUUGACAACGGACAGCACAGCGACAGAGGCCACAACAGCGGGCAAUUCGACUAUUGCCAGCAGCGAGAGCUCUGAGGCAACGAGUGAGAGCACAACGCUGGCAACGAAUGAAACUAGCUCAAUAGCCACCAGUAGCAGCACCACCAGCAGCAGCACCAGCAGCAGCAGCAGCAGCAGCAGCACCAGCAGCAGCAGCACCGCCCCAGUCAGUGUGGCGCCACGUCGCAUUUGCUUUAAGCGUGUUUGCUAUAAGUUUGCGGGAGACAAGGGUUAUAUAUAUUAAUUAGCCUUUUAAAAGCAA